AUGGCAGAUAUAAAGCUAAUCAUCGAUCCACCAAUUAAUAAUGAGUAUUUUAGCAAUGAGGACCUUAUCUCUGGAACAAUUAUACUAGAUAUUAAGAAGUCACUAUCAAUCAAGAAAAUCAAUGUAAAGUUAAAGGGUUAUGUUGAAACUUUAACUAAAAUGAGUGGAGAUUAUUUUCAUGGUCAAGGUGGUUUAAUGACACCUGUUCAAGAUAAUAGAUCAAUACAUGGUAUAAUCGAUAUAGACCAAAGAGUUUUUCCACCUGAUAAUGUGUGGGAUGCAUUGGAUGGUAAUGUGAAACCAUUUAAAGUUAAACCUGGCUCAUAUGACUACCGUUUUCAAUUUCCCAAAUUACCCAAAAGACCAAGUUGCAUCCAGCAUCAUAUAUAUGAUAUUAAUUGUUUUGUAAAAAAGAGUGAAACUAGAUUACCUCCUAGUUUUAAUUAUGAGUGGCAAGAUCCUACAAAAAUUGAUAAUCUGGAUAUAUAUUUUUACUCCUUUGGAAAAGUGCUGUAUUACAUCCAAGUCCAAUUAGAAUUAGGUAAGUCUAAAGCUUGGUACAAGCCCUUUAAUAGAUAUUUCACUGAGACGGAAUAUAUUAAUUUUAUUCCUGAUCCAAAAGAGACAAUGUAUAAAGUUGAUUAUGACAAAAUUGCUGAAGUUGGAGAAGUCGAAUAUACGGAACAGAACCUUAAUAACUCAAUUGUCACCGGGGAUGGAGUAAAUAGGAGGCGACUACUUAGAGAGAAAGACAAGUUCACAAUUCCGCAUAAUGUCAAUGAUAAUGAUAACGAAAAUGAACUUACCAAUAUGAUGAGUAAUACAAUGUUGAAUGCACCAGCGGUCACUACUGACCAAAACGAACUUCCUACUUUUAGUAGUCUUGAGGUUGAUGCUCUUUCCGACACAAAUAAUAACACGAUAGAUAUUAUUCAAGGUAAUUCAAGGAGUAAUUUAACAUCCCGUCAUCUUAUAUACAAAUCUACCUAUUCCGUUCACAUUGGAGAUGAUGCUACUAUUAUGUGUGUUGAAGUUCGAAGCCGUGGAUUAAAAUAUACUUAUCGCCGUGAUUUUUUGUUUCGCCAUGGCAGUAACAAAUUCGAUCAUAUUUUCUUAGUUUUUAAAGGGAACAAAGAUACAAUCCGCAAUACAAAAGUUACUCCAUUGAAGAUGCAACUAAACUUAUUAGAAUAUGCUUCAUAUUUAUCGCAUGGUGUGGCCAAUGAAAAUGUUUCGUCAUUAAGAUUGAUAGAAGUGACUGAUUUGAAUAGUCCUGAAAAUAAGAAUAUCGUCAAUUUCGAAGAGUGUAGGACCCUCAUGACUCCUGAUUUAGGAUAUGGAAAAUGUAAAAUGGAAUGUGAAUUAAAAUUAAAAGAUCAUGAAAUUUUAAAGAAAUUAAGAUUCAAUAAAGAGAAUUAUUUGCAUAGAGGUAACAGAUUGUUUAGUUUUAAAUGUUGCACAAUAAAGAGAAUAUUUAGAUUCCAAUUAGUAAUAUCCUGGCAAAUUGGUGGUAAGGUUAUUCAAACUGAGAACAUUAUCAACAAUGCACAAAUAUUUUCGCAUUUAAGGGAAAAAGCAAACAAAGUGGAACAUUUGCCUAGGUAUGUUGAACCUCCCAAAUAUACUGAGGUUAGAAAUGUUGACAAUGACAAUGCAUGA